AGGGAUAGUCGCUACGGUGGUCCUUAGUCUGUCAAAUUUACCCGCGAGCCUGAGUGUGCCGCGCUUCGUACACCGCCAGUCGCGCGAUCCGUGGCUUAUACACUGUGUCUUAGCUCGCGACACCGCGGUCCACGAUUGCACCUCGAUUUUUGAGGCACCUCAGAAAUCGCAUCUUACACCUCAGCUGGUGUCGAUUUUUUCACUUAGUAGGUAGCUUACGAGGAGUUCGUGUGCGAGUCGUCUGCGAGUGUACCCACCUUCGUAACUUAUAAGUCGGUUCGUGUGCUUCCGCGUCGAUGGCACUCGCCAGCGUGUCUCUCGUCUCCUUUCCUUCCAUUCACGAAACGCCGCCCCCGUUUGAGUCGACUCAGAAGCGCACUUUAUCCCUCGCGUUAGAAUCACAAAGUUGCCAUAGGGAGCACCGCCGUCACCGACGCGCGGCAUUCCCGAGGGUGACGGCGUCAACUCGUGGCACGUCUAGCUCGGGUGACAGGAACGGAACGGCCGAGAAUGACGCUAGCGACACACGCGUGCAGCGUGUGGGAGUGUGGUUGACUGCAGCUGCUGUAGCGGCGGCGGUUGUUGCGGCGCCUUUGGCGGUCGCUCCUUGCGCUCUUGCCGACUUCAAGACCUAUAACCACGCUUAUCUGCGCGGCGCAGACAUGUCCAACCAGGACCUCUACCGGUCCAUCUUUGCUGCAUGUGACUGCCGCCUAAUCAACCUGAGCGGAUCGAACCUCGCUGGAAGCACCGACACCUUUGCGGGCUUUGAGCUGGCCAAUCUAGAGAACACCAACUGGGAGCGUGCUCUCGCGGACCGGGUUGUCUUCAGAGGGGCCAACCUCCGCAAUGCAAACUUCACUAAUGCGAUUCUUUCUGGUUCACAGUUCGAGGGGGCGGAUGUGACAGGAGCGGACUUCACAGACGCCAUAGUGGACAACGCACAGCGGCGGCUGAUGUGCCGGAAGGCCAAGGGGGUGAACCCAGUGACUGGAGUGGAGACCAGGGAGAGCCUCGGGUGCUGAGAGAUGGGAAUAGUAGCCUGAACGGCCAAUCCAAGGGAGCCAUAGUGGACAACGCACAGUGGCGGCUCAUGUGUCGCUAGGCCAAAGGAGUCAACACAGGUACCCGGGUUGAGACCAGGGAGAGCCUGUGGUGCUGAGGGAUGGGAGGCGGUUUGGUCUGGUCCAGAUCACUUCUGUCGAUGAUGUGUCACAAAGGCAAAGGGAGCCCAUGGCUAGCUUGGAGACUAGAGAGU